ACUGGUUGGAUUGAUUUUGCCUAGCUGGGAUUUUUAAUACCAUGAAAGGAGACUGUGCUUACGGUAUUGUUGCUGGACUGAAAUGACGUGAAAGGGAAUAUGGCUGUGAUCCCUUGUUAGCUUUUGUUCAUUCUCUUCUAGACCAAAGCUCCUUAAACUUUUUCGACACACGGAUUGUUUUUAUCUAAGAAAUGUUUACGUGUCUCCAAGAAUAUUAAGGAGGGAAGGAGAGCGAGAGAGAGAGAGAGAGAAAGGAAGGCAGAGAGACAUGUGCACACGCAAGCGAGAAUGGAAAGCAGAGAGCAAUACCAGAGGGAGGGAGAUGUGACCGUGAGAGAGAGAAAGGAAGGUGACCUCAACAUACAGUUAUGGCAAUCCCAUUUGAGGUCUUGACCCAUAGUUUACAAAGCUGCAUCCUAGACAACCUAGUCCAAUUGGGUGGGAUAGAGCACUGUGCAGAAGCAGCAACAAACAUGGGCAAGAAGCAGGAUAGCGAUGAAGUGUUUUUAAUUUAAACUGGUGUGAAAGUGCGAUACCUGAGUAAGGUGAAGGAUGUGCAACAGAGAAGGCUUCUGAGAGCCUACAAGCAAUGUCUUCCCAGGCUUGGGCCUCCAGAUGUUGUUGGACUAAAAUUCCAGAACUUCUAGCCAUUGUUCCGUGGUGGCUGGGCUAGUGGAUGUCAUUUGAGCCAAACACCAUCUGAGGAAUUAUUCUGGGAACCACAAGCCUACAGGAUUAAAAUGGAACAAGGAGCUUUUAGAACAGAAUGGUACCGCUGGUUGCCUUGAGUGCUGUGGAGAAUGAGAGGCUUUCCAUCACACGGGGCCACUUCCCCAAGCUGACCGAGUGUGCCCAUUUCCACUAUGAGGCCGUGGACUUUGGGCAUAUCCAGUUGCAGCUCGCUCCUGAGCAGAAUGAGAACCUCAGCAACUUAGAGGAGGGAGACCAGCUCUUUCCUGUUCAAGUCACUUGUCAGGACAAGAACUGGCAAGUGCAUCGCAGCUAUGAGGAAUUUCACAAUCUGGAUGCUCACUUGCAUUGCUGCAUCUUUGAUAGGCGCUUUUCACAGCUUCCUGAAUUGCCAUCCAUCAGUCAUGUGCGGGCUCACCCUGAGAUGCUGGUGCCCAUGCUCUCACAAUACCUGGAAAAGCUUUCGGACCUUGUGGACAGCAACAUCAACUGUGGUCCAGUUCUCACUUGGAUGGAGAUUGAUAACCAUGGCAAUCGACUGUUGGUGAAUGAAGAAGCUUCCAUCAAUGUUCCUGCCAUUGCAGCUGCUCACGUGGUUAAACGCUACACAGCGCAGGCAUCUGAUGAGCUGUCCUUCGAAGUUGGAGACAUCAUCUCUGUGAUUGAUAUGCCCCCCAAGGAGGACAGGAGCUGGUGGCGUGGGAAGCAUGGAUUCCAGGUGGGUUUCUUUCCCAGUGAAUGUGUGGAGCUGUUCGCUGAGCGUCCCAGCCCAGGACUCAAAACAGAUGCAGAAGGGAUGAGUGGUGGCAUUCCCUGCCCGCCUGGUCUCCUCUCCCCAUCUUCAGUGUCCAAGAAACAUGGCAAGCUCAUUGGCUUCCUUCGUACUUUUAUGAAGUCUCGGCCAAGCAAGCAGCGUCUGAAGCAGCGUGGUAUCCUCCGGGAGAGGGUCUUUGGCUGCGAUUUGGGUGAACAUCUGAAGAAUGCAGGGAGUGAUGUACCACAGGUACUACGCACAUGCUCUGAUUUCAUCGAGAAGCAUGGCAUUGUGGAUGGCAUCUACCGUCUCUCAGGGGUCUCCUCCAACAUCCAACGGCUACGGCACGAGUUUGACUGCGAGAGGGUGCCCGAGCUCUCCAAAGAUGUCUACUUGCAGGACAUCCACUCAGUCAGUUCGCUCUGCAAGCUGUACUUCCGAGAGUUGCCAAAUCCACUGCUGACAUACCAGCUCUACAACAAGUUUGCUGAGGCUGUGUCCGUUUCAGGGAACGAGGAGCGCUUGGUGCGAGUCCAUGAUGUCAUUCAGCAGCUGCCUCCGCCACAUUAUAGGACUCUGGAGUUCCUCCUGCGGCACCUGGCACGCAUGGCUAUGCACAGUCAAAACACCAGCAUGCAUAUUCGCAAUUUAGCCAUCGUUUGGGCACCCAACCUGCUGCGAUCAGUGACUCUGGAGUCUGUUGCUCAGUGUGGAGCGGAUGCCUUCCAGGAAGUCCGGGUUCAGUCUCUGGUGGUUGAGUUCCUCCUCAACAACGUCCAGACACUCUUCAGUGACACUUUCACUUCUGUCGGCAAGGAUGGCGCAGGACGCUGCUUCCUUCCCCGACCCAAAUCCCAGCUGGUGAGCUGUCCCUCUACCCGGUUGCUGUCCCUGGAAGAAGCUCAGGCUCGUACCCAGGCCCUCUGUAAGAUCACCAAGUCAGAGGCCAGGCAAAGAUCCGCUGAUUUGCAGGCACAAGGAAAAGUCUCCACUGUGUUGAGUUCACCUGACACCAGGCAAAAGGCCGAAAGUAAUGGGAGGGUACGGAAAACGUCAGGCCCUGGCUGGAAGGCUUUCUUUGCCAUUGGCAAAGCCCCGGUUACCUUCCGCAAGAAAUCGCAUCGGCUUGGAGAGAUUUUUGGUCUUGGAGAGCCUCUGCCAGGAGGCCAACCUGAAACAGUUACACUACGAUCAGCCAAGAGCGAGGAAUCCUUGACAUCACAGGCCAGCAUGACAGGACUUCCCAAGCUGCCUUGCCUUCGGCGCCCCCACUCCAGCAGUGAUGCCUUCCCCACCCUCAAGCCAUGCCGUUCGUGCUCUUCUUUGGGUUCCUCUGUGUCAGGCCAGGGUGAAGGCCUGGCUGUCGGGACUGUAGACCUGGCUGCACGGCGCCGUUCUUCCUGGUUGGAGGGCGACUCGGAGCUGGACUCGGAGUUGGAGUUGAGCCCUCCUGGCCUCCGUGGCCUGGACUUUGACCCUCUCACCUUCCAGUGCAGCCCUCCUGCUCAGCAGCCCUCACUCUCCGAUGAGUCCAGCUCUCCAAGCCCUGCCGGGCCUCUCUCGCCCUGUUCACCCCCCACCAUUGGCAAGGACACGUCUGAGCCAUUGCCCAUCUCCCUACCCAACCAAGUGCUGGAAAUGUUCACUGGGGGCGAGACAAGAGGGCUGAAUGUGCAAGUCUCCCCACCACACAUGAUCUCCAUGCUGCUGUGUGCUGCCGGUGGGCAGCUCAAUGACACUUGUGAACGCGAAGUCCGCUGCAAGAUUACACAAACCAAAGGUCGCUCCUCUCCACAAAGUCCAAAGACCGAAGCGACUCUCCCAUCCCCUGGCACUCUCUCAUUGCUGCAGCACAUUCCCCCACCCCCUCCGCCCAAAAACCCGGCUCGGCUGAUGGCCUUGGCCCUGGCCGAGAGCGCACACCAGGUGGCCCUGCAGCAGAAACAGCAGGCCAGCCUUGGGCAGAAGCAGCCCCGGAGGCAUUUCCGACGUUCCCUGUCACUGGAAUGUAAGGCAGGAGAGCUGACGAGCGGCGCACGGGCACUUUACUCCAUGGUGCGCCCCAACGCCAAGGCCGCCGGCCCCUCUUCCCUGCAAGGUCAGGUUCGGGGCAGGAGCAGAGGCAGCGAAUGUCAUGACCGCCGAGGAGGAAACCGGAUGCUGCUCAACCAUGGCUCUCCCGUGGGCAGUUCGGAUUCCUUUUCCCCCACCCGAAAGGUCCUCACUGACAUGUCCCAUAAAGACCCGUCACUGCAUUCCUUCUCCGAUCCUUACCACCUCUCCUCCCAGCCCUCUGUCUCUCCAGCUGCCUACAGUCUUCAUCACCAGCCACCUCCAGUAUCAUUUCCCUACCGUGCCCCACGCCACCCUCAUGACCCCUAUCCUUUGUCCAGCCAGUCUCCCGCCCCACCUAAACCUCCUCCCCCUGGACACUUUCCCGUAACCCCUCGCCAUUUGCCCAUCAAAGGCAGGCCCCCUGGCUCCCAGUCCUAUCUCCCAGAUCAUCGACAUCACGGACGCUUCCCAGUCUCCUCUCGCGGUGGCGUGAAUGGGACCCCACCUCCCCAGCUGGAGCAUGAAAAUCUCUACUAUGAGAUUGUGGGGGAGCCUCCUGCUUACCCUGGGAUGGCACGGCCCUGGCCAACCUGCCCACCCCCUGAGUACUUUGCCACCUUCAAUGCAUCAUACGGUGUGUUUGAGAGACCGUGGCGGCAACCCUACCUCCCUCCAGCCCCACCUUCUCUCCAAACCAUCCUCAAUAAUCCUCGUGCGCAUUCCCAGCCAAUGCCUCCCACUGUCACCCGACAGGAGCCCAUUUACGUCAACAUACCAUUUCCCGAGCCCCCGUCCAUCACGCCCACACCUUCCCCUCCACCGGAAAUGACACACCCUCGUAGCCAUUCUGAUCCGGGGGCUCCUCAGCCUCUCUCACACCAUAGCAGGCCUCCGUUGCCUCAGAAGCAGAAGUUUGGCUGGGGCUGUCCAUCCACUGGGCAAUACCGCCAGCUCGUGGAUGUUCUGCCAUGCAGCCGUACUCUGCUACAGUUCUACCGCCCUCCCUCAUCUUGUCUGGGCCGUCCUCCUUAUGGGCCAGAGCCCAUCAUCACCUACGACGGACCCCCUGCCCAUCUGGGGGGCCAGGCCUCAGCUUCCCUGUCAUCUUUGCGGAAGUUGGAAGAGUCUCCCCCUCAGUAUGGCAAUGUGGAAAGAAGGGAAGGGUCUCCUUCCGGGUGCUACCUGGGACCCAGUUGGACUGUGUACACAGAAGGCCAGACACACAGCUACUGCUGAGAGACAGUACCCCCUGGAUGUACACGUUUGGGAUUCUUGGGGCUGGGCUCCGGGUUUCCGCCCUCAUCUGAGGAAUUAUUUUGCGGUACUUCUUGAUGUGAAAAGUGCAGGCAUUGGAUGGAAGACUAUAUUUUGACAGGUGGCAAUGACGUCACAUACCACAUCAUUUGUUGGUGACUGUGCUGGCCUGUUCUGAAGACUUAAACCUAAUGGACAUUUCAAGAGCACACAAAUCUCUGAAGGCAGCUCCGGCACCACAAAAGACACGAUGUUGCAGCAGAGCAUUUGGAUCAUAUCACUUCAGCCUCUUUGAUGCCAUAACGGCUCUGCCAAUUGUAUCAUCACGUGACUCGCCCUGUUUUUGUUAUGCUCCAGUCACAUCUCUUUCCUUUGAUUCCUUUCCCCACUCAGCAGGGAAUUCCUAACAUCCUUCGUGGAGAACUUUGUCUCCACUGGAGCAGUGACCUAGUUGAAUCCUCUCCCCCUGGUCUACACCGCUCCUGCAGCAGCACCCACAUCUGAUGUCUGUAAGAAGUGAACAUUACUGGGAGCUAUGCUCACAGAGAUGCAGUGUGCAGAGUCGACGCUGUGGGGCACUGUUGACCUUCCUAUGCUCCUGUAUUGCAGGGUCUGAGUGAAGGGUGAGUGGAAGUGGGGGCAGCAAUUAAAAUAUCUUUCCUUUGCGUAUUUGCAGCAUGUUCUAACAUUUUAACCAUUGUUUUUAACCCAAUUAAAACAUUAACACCACCUCCUUUCUACUGCUCUCACAGAGAUGAAGCCAAUUUCUGAGAGGCUGCAAUAGAAAAAAACCCCAAUACUUAACCUAUGUGCCAGAGGGCGAAAAAAGAUCCCUACGCACCCUCGGAGACAUGCACACACCUUGCUGUUUCCUUGUUCAUUCUGCGCUCCUAACUUCAGAACCGCGCAGUCCAUGGUGUGUUCAGAGAAUUCAAACUGGGUGGGAUGGGUGGGAGCUAAUUGGCACAUUUGUGUGUUUAUUUAGCAUCAGAGGGUCUUUGUAUAUGUGUGAGUGUGUAGGGGUGGGUUUUCAGAUGCAUGUGUGCCUGACAUAUGUACAUCUGCCUAAGCCUGGGAGCCAGGCGUGUGCGUGCCGGAGCGGAGAUAGAGUUGGGUAUCCAUGUCUGUGAGGUAUGUGUGUUUGUGUCUGGUGUGGACUUUGGUGUGCGUCUGUGGAGAUGUUUAUAUAUAUUUCAUGGGCAGUAUUUCAGGCCUGUGGGCUGGGGAAGGAGAAUCUAUGCCUUAUUCCCCGUUGAGCAGGCUGUCCUUGCUCAACCACCCCGCUCGGGCGACACGUCAGUCCCUUGUGGCACCCAACCCAAAAGCACUUUUUAUGUGGCCUCUGGGCUUCUUUUAGAAUCCUUAGAAUGUCAGGUUUCAUUUAAAGGAAGCAAACGGCAGUGACGACGCCUCUCCCACAUCACUGACUCUUUUGUUCUCGUUGUGGUUCCUUUUUAGCACAAUCCAAACCAAUGUAAGCCUGUGGGCUGCUGUUGUUUUCAGUCAGUGAGGGAGUUUCUUUCUCUCUCGCUCCCAUGAAAAUCAAAGGCUCCUCCCAAAGUUUGAGUCAAUACGUAACCGUCCUGUUCUGUGUUUCCUUGCUGGGAAGUCGGUCCCAGGGAAAUACACAAUAGGACUGAAUCCUUAAGCUCCUUGUUUUGAAGUUCUCUGCAAGCUUUGCCAGGGCUCGAUCACACAUGAGUUUGGGAGGAACCCUGCUUAGAUCUUGGCCACCCCAGCUGGCUGGCAUUCUUCGGUGGUGAGAUCCAGAUCAUUCUUCUAUCAUCUAAAUGAAAGGUCCCAUGUGUAUAAUAUAUAUAUAUAUAUAUAUAUGCAAAUGAUUCCAAGAUCCCGAGUUCCAAUAUGGUUCUCAACACAUAGAGAACAAUAUGAGUAUCAGAUUGUGGUGUGACCCCCCCCCCUCCCGGGUUUGUUCAAUUUUAAUUGCAGAACUUGCACUAAAGUUGCCUUGGGUUUUUUUUGUACUCCUGCUGUGGAAAUGACGUCCACCCUCCUCUCGAUUUCUUGGGAAGUUGCUUCUUAUGUUACGUACACUUUUAAAAAAUGCCUAAAUUCCUGUCGAAUCUUGAAUCCAUGCUCUGGUCUGUAUUGAAUUGGAAAAUAUUUCUACCUUAAGUGGAAACUGUGAAACGGUUUGCUAUAUGUUUACUAUUUCACUUAAUAUACUGAAUCUGUGGGGUUCACUUGUUGCAAACCUAGAUGAAUGCUGAACAUCCUGAAAAUAAAUACAGUAGAGUCUCACUUAUCCAAGCUAAACGGGCCGGCAGAAGCUUGGAUAAGCGAAUAUCUUGGAUAAUAAGGAGGGAUUAAGGAAAAGCCUAUAAAACAUCAAAUUAGGUUAUGAUUUUACAAAUUAAGCACCAAAACAUCAUGUUAGACAACAAAUUUGACAGAAAAGGUAGUUCAAUAUGCAGUAUUGUUAUGUUGUAAUUACUGUAUUUACGAAUUUAGCACCAAAAUAUCACGAUAUAUUGAAAACAUUGACUACAAAAAUGGCUUGGAUAAUCCAGAGGCUUGGAUAAGCGAGGCUUGGAUAAGUGAGACUCUAUUGUAAAUGUAGAAAUCUGCAUUUUUCAGACUCAGGCAAAUACUGAUGCCGAUAGUUUGGGUCUGUCAAAACUGUGUUAUCCUGUGAUCGUGACACUGUGUGUGUGAUACAAGAUCUUAGCCAGUGCAUUGUGAAACCCUGACUUGGGUUGGAACCGGUUUCAGGCAAUUCACGUGUUUCUGGGCAGAACGAGUGACGUCUGUAGAUCAGGGCAGAAGAGGAUAAUAGCAUAGAUUAUACCAUUUCAAACUGCGUUUUGGAUUACUUGGGCCCUUUUGUGAAAAAAACAUUUGAAAAGAGAGAACCCCACCAGUAAAACAGGAUGCAAGUUGUUUUGUUUUGUUUCUUAAAAACCCUUUCUCUUGUAAGUUUGUGGGAAAACGUUAAAAACGACCCCCCUCAAGGUUUGCCUAAAAGGUACAGCACUCUUGCUUCUUUGAGCAGCCUUCUACUGCAAAGUUGGGCAACAUGUGAUGGAUUGCAACUCUAGUCAGUAGAGCCAGUUUAUUAUUUUUUGGCGGGGGAAUCCUUAGAAGAUCUGGGGGUGUCCUUGUAGAUCAGGCUGUGCUUGUGGAUCCCAUUGGUUUCCUUUGUGAGAUGCCUCCAAAGUCUUGACAUCACAGAACCGUGGGACUGAAGGAGAGCACUCCCAUGUUCUCUGAUGCUGCAAAGCUGUCACUGCCACAUAUGUCCGUUUGUCUGUGCCUGUGUUUUUAAAGGCCAAUGUUUCCUCAUUGUCCCUGAUGUGCUGCAUCCUUUUUUUGUAUAUGGACCCACCUCCCUUUUUUUCCUGAACUCUUGUACUAAAUGGCUUAAUACAAACCAAGUAACAAAUAAAAAAUGAACUGUU